AUUGCAAUGCAAAUACGCUCAACAUCAUUACUGUUUUAAAUUUCUCUCUUUUUGGUAAUUCGCAAUUCAAGCUCACAUUUUCUCAAAAAUUAAACUAAAUAAGAAUGACGGGCAAAGUAAAUCAAAAUGAUUCGAAAACGAUAACAAAAUCAUCAUCAAUUGAAUCAAAUCAUAAUAAUGAAGAUGAUGAUGAUAAUAAAGAAGAUGAUUCAAAACAUUUGAAACAAACAAAUCAAGCAUUAAAAUCAUUGCUCAAUCAACAUUUACCGGAAAAUCAACAAUCGUUAAAAGAUUCACAAAUUAAUUUGGACAAAAUUGCCAACUAUUGUGAUUCAAAUUAUUUUCAAAACGAUAAUCAAGACGAAGCAUUUACUGUUACAAAGAAUUAUACACAACAAGCAUUGGCAUCGAUUGCAAGUCAAAUAUAUUCAUAUGCAUCGAAUAUUCAGUCAACGAUCAAUUUAUUGGAACAACAAUUCGAUUCAUUAGAAUCACAAACUCGUAAUAUUGGACGAAAAAUACAGCUUAACAAUGAAAAAUGUUCAAGACGUGAAAUUGGUCGAUUAACAAAAUCAAAAAGAUUGAUUGUACAACCACCGGUUAUUUAUCCUGAACGGCCAAAAAUACGAACAACAUAUAAAUAUCAACAGGAUUCGAUCGAUUUUAGUUCAUUAGAUAAUGUAGGUGUUGCAUACAAAAUUCAUCAACAACAUGACAAAUCCAAUACAUUCGAUAAUCGUUCAAUGCUACCGACGAUAAAAUCGGCAACACUUCGACCAUCUAAAUCAUCGAAUCUUUCAUCUAUAAUUGCUUCACAACCAUCAUCAUUAUCGUCAUCAUCAUCAUCAUCACAAUCAAACACUGGUCAAUCAUCAUUGUUAGCUACAAAUGAAGCUAUUAUGUAUGGACGUACUACUAAUAAUACAUUAAUAUCAACUAUUCGACCAUCAACGCCACCGACUUCAGGUGCUGGUAUGUUUAACAGUUUGGCACGUCAUUCCAAAGAUUCAUAUCGUUCUGGUAUGGGCUUUCAUCAUCAUCAUCCAACUCCGUUGGUAAUUCCACCGCCACAAGUUCCUCCAAAUUAUGCUUCAAAUAAACAGGAUUUACAAACACAACCACAGCCACAAUUAUCAACGAAAUCUUGCGUUCAACAUCAACAACAAGAUGUAUCAACAACAGGGAACAACAAUGAUAAACCAAAUACAGCCAAUGAUAAAUCAUCAUCACAACAAACAGAACAGGUAAAAAUAGAAAGAUCAUUAGUAUUGGAUAAGGUCGAAACUUCGGUCGGUUCAUCUUCACCUGCCAGUCAAGAUUGGAUUCCAUCAAAUUACCUUGAAAAAGUUGUAGCCAUCUAUGAUUAUACAGCGGAUAAAGAUGAUGAACUAUCAUUUCAGGAAAAUUCACUUAUCUAUGUUAUACGUAAAAACGAAGAUGGUUGGUGGGAAGGUGUAUUGAAUGGUAUUACUGGUUUAUUUCCAGGAAAUUAUGUUGAACCAUGUUUGUGAUCAAUGAUUAUGUUGAUGAUGAUCACACAUUCCUUAGUUCUUAUGAUAAUCGUUAAAAAAAAUGUU